AUGUCCACAUUUUCUAUAGGUAAUUUCGAUACAGAACAUUAUUGUAGAUCAAGACCAUCUUAUCCCACAGAGCUGUAUAAACUUAUAAAUGACUAUCACAAAGGUACACAUGAAGUGCUAGUCGAUGUAGGAUGUGGUCCUGGGAUUGCGACGUUCCAGUUGGCAAAAGAAUUAGGCUCAUUUGAAAUGAUGUAUGGUACAGACAUUUCACCAAGAAUGAUACAGGUGGCUAAAUCACAAAAUAUGUACGGGGAGCGAUUAAAAUUUGUAGUAGCUCCCUGCUACAAUUUUGAUUUUAUAGAACCACAUGAUAAAAUUGACAUGAUAACAGCAGCAGAAUGUGCUCACUGGUUUGAUUUCAACAGGUUUCAAACUAUCUCUGCUCAAAAAUUGAGGAAAAAUGGAACAUUGGCUAUAUGGGGCUAUGUAGACCCCAUUUUCAUCGACUUCCCGCAUUUAGACCAAGCGAACACCGACUUUUUAUGCGCUGAAGAUCAAUUGGGGUCUUACUGGCAACAACCUGGCCGCUCAAUCUUGCGGGACACCCUCAAAAACACACCAUUGGACCCGGAGUUGUAUGGUGAUAUUCGAGAGAAGACAAUCGACCCAAGAUGGUUGAGAGAUACAGCUAAAUUAGGAAGGGACAAGUCCACAAAACAGUCUAUCGUUUGUAAGAAAAUGACUUUACAGGAGUACAAAGAUUAUCUGAAAUCCUCGAGUGCUUACCAUUCAUGGAAACAAGAUGCCACAAACAAAAAUAAGACAGACAUUUGUGAUGCGUUUAUACGUGAAUUGUGCCACCAAGAACCGACAUUGGGAUCAAUAUCAACAUUUAGAGUAGCAUGGUUAACUUUUUACAAAAUUGGCAGACGUCUAUAA